CCCAAAACACCCGGUCCGCCGUCCCCCUGAUCGAUUCCGCGAAAUUAUAGCCGCCCUUGACCACACAAAAUUUUAAAUUUCCCAAUUUCUCUAUAAAUUGGGAUUCGCUGCAAUCUUCACAGCGUGUGUUAGUGGCGCAGAGAUUCUGCGUACUUCCAAUUUGAGGGUGAAAUCUGUAAUUCUGGUUAUUUGCAGCGACUCGCAGAAAAUUUUGGCUAAAUCUUAAGCUAUUAAUUCGUCGACAAAUCCUCAAUUCGUUGCUUUGAUAAAUUGCAAAUCCACGAAUCCAGAACAAAAAUUCUGCAGAUAGGCAGCAUUUGUGCGCAUAGGCAGCAUCGUGGUAAAAGACUGCAAUAAACAGUUUUUGUGGUUACUUCAUCCUAUUGAAUUUGAUAAUCGGGGGUAGGGCCCAUAAUUGUCAUUGAUGGCUUUAACGGGCAGCAUUGUGGUUAAAUCAAACUCAGUGACCCGUUUGCCUCGUGCAUUGUUAUUAAAUCCGAAAGAGGUUACCUUGAGCUCCGUUUACAAUUCUUACCUGCAUUUUAAGCCUAAAAAGGCUAGCUUUUUAUUUCAGUCUGCGGGCAUGGCGUCGUCUUCGGGGAUUGUAUUGAGGAAGGGGUUUAGUGUGAAGGCUUCUCUGAUCGAGCCCGAUGGAGGGGAGCUGGUGGAUUUGGUUGUUCCUGAGAUGAAGAGGGAGGGGAAGAGGAUUGAAGCGGCUUCAUUGCCUCAGGUUAAGCUAAGUAGGAUCGAUUUGGAGUGGGUGCAUGUGGUGAGUGAGGGAUGGGCUAACCCUCUCAGAGGGUUCAUGCGCCAGGCUGAGUACCUUCAAGCUCUUCAUUUUAACUUCCUCAGGCUUGAGGACGAUUCCAUUGUCAAUAUGUCCGUUCCUAUUGUUUUGGCAAUCGAUGAUGAGAGGAAGGCUGCAAUUGGCCAGUGCAAGGAUGUUGCUCUCCUCGGCCCGGAUGGCAGUCUUGUCGCCAUUCUUCGGAACAUCGAGAUAUACAAGCACAACAAAGAGGAACGGAUUGCAAGAACAUGGGGAACGACAGCCCCAGGAUUGCCCUAUGUGGAAGAGGCAAUCACUAAAGCUGGAAAUUGGUUGAUUGGAGGUGAUUUAGAGGUUCUUGAGCCAAUCAAGUAUAAUGAUGGUCUUGAUCAUUAUAGGUUGUCUCCCAAAGAACUUCGCAAAGAGUUUGAAAGACGCAAUGCAGAUGCAGUUUUUGCCUUUCAGCUCAGGAAUCCUGUCCACAAUGGGCAUGCCCUACUGAUGACACAUACCCGCAAGCAACUUCUUGAAAUGGGAUAUAAAAAUCCUAUUUUGUUACUCCAUCCACUGGGAGGCUAUACCAAGGCAGACGAUGUGCCUCUGGAUGUGCGAAUGGAACAACACAAGAAGGUGCUUGAAGAAGGUGUGCUUGAUCCAGAGACAACAGUUGUGGCAAUCUUCCCUUCUCCUAUGCACUAUGCAGGACCUACAGAAGUUCAGUGGCAUGCAAAGGCAAGGAUAAACGCAGGGGCAGACUUUUAUAUUGUGGGACGUGAUCCUGCUGGCAUGAGCCAUCCCACGGAGAAACGCGACCUAUAUGACCCUGAUCAUGGGAAAAUGGUGUUAAGUAUGGCCCCUGGCCUUGAGAGGCUCAGCAUUCUGCCAUUCAGGGUAGCGGCCUAUGAUAAGACGCAGAAAAAAAUGGCAUUUUUUGAUCCUUCGCGGCCACAAGAUUUCCUUUUCAUUUCAGGCACUAAGAUGCGUGCUUAUGCUAGGAGUGGCGAGAACCCUCCAGAUGGCUUCAUGUGCCAAGGUGGGUGGAGAGUGUUAGUGGAGUACUACAAGAGUUUGCAGGCUGAAGAAACAGAUCAAGCAAAGGUCCCUGUGCCUGCCUAGGAUCUCAGAACUAUAGAAGAUUUUGCAAUCAAUGAUUGCAGUUUUGCUCAUUUUCUUAUUUCUUACAUUAUCUGUCAUGCGUUAAGGAGAGAAGCUCUGUACUGGGUAUCAUUUUGAUAUGGGAAUCGGAGGACUAUUCUGGGGUCUCAGUUGAUCCCAGCAAUAUGAUAUUAAUCAAUAACAGGGUAAUAUGUCUGAAAGCAGAAAUGCAUAAUCUGUAUUUAUAGUCGGAAAAUUCAAGUGAAUCUGACAAAAAGUCUCUUUAAGGUUCACUUAAUUUAAGAUUUGGUACAAACCAACUUCGCAUUUGUGAUGGGAGUAGACAAUCACACAAUCACAUUAGUAAAUUUGUUUGUUUCA